CGGAUCGCACCGCACUGUGCCCGGAGAAGUUUCGGUCCCGGGGUGAGCAGCGUAGAAGACGGUGGCGAGAUAUUUCAUUUAUCUUUAUUCUACUGGUCUGAUUGUUGGGAUCGAUUCCUCUGGUUAUAAAUAGCAUACAGGAGUGAGGAGGUUCUGCAACAGCCAAUGUUCCUUGGAGUCUCUUCUGCCUCAGGCUGUAAGGAUGCUGCUGUUUGUUCUGCUCGCCCUCGGUCACGCCACCCAGGGUUUACCUAAUGUUGAUGACGUCACCAUUCCACCUUGGGUGACCACUACAACUGAGGCAUCUAGAUCAUUGGGACCUGUAGACUUGGACGUACAACUACCUCGAUCCAUUAAGCCGCUCCAUUAUGUGGUCAAACUUCAACCCUUCAUCAAUGGCAACUUCAGCAUCGUCGGCUACAUGGAGGUGGAGAUGGAGGUUCUGGAACCCACUUCCAACAUCACUCUCCACAUAUCGGAUAUCAUCACUAAAAACGACACCGUAAAGGUUUCAGAUCAAGCAACAUCCCGAGGUUUGAGGAUCAAGAAACACGAGUAUGACCAUAGUCGUCACUUUUACAUUGCCCAUUUGAGGAAAGAGCUCCAGAAGGGAAAAAGGUACAUCCUGUCCAUGGAGUUCCUUGGUUAUCUUAAUGAUAAGCUGCGUGGCUUCUACAGAGCGACCUACAAGGAUGUUGAUGGUAACAUCAGAAAUGCGGCUGCGACCCAGUUCCAGCCCACCGACGCCCGCAAAGCCUUCCCUUGCUUCGACGAGCCCGCACUGAAGGCAACCUUUGAAAUUCACCUCGCAAGGGAAUCUGGAUGACGACCCUCCAACAUGCCCAUUGCCGAAACGGUGCCUGUUGAAGGACAGGAGGGAUGGAUGUGGGAUCGUUACGAGAAGAGUGUCCCUAUGUCCACUUACCUGGUUGCCUUCGUCGUGUCCGACUACGUUCAUAUCAACUCGACCGAGAAUGACCGUGUAGAUUUUCGAGUGUGGGCACGACAAGAGACCAUAGAUCAAGCAGAGUAUGCAAAUGAGAUAGGUCCCAAGAUCUUACGUUUCUUUGAAGAUUAUUUCAACCUAUCUUAUCCCCUUCCGAAGAUGGACAUGAUUGCAUUAACCGACUUCUCUGCAGGAGCUAUGGAGAACUGGGGUCUAAUAACUUACAGAGAAAGUAUCUUCUUGUAUGACCCACAAGUUUCAACCCCAGUCGACAAGGCAGUUAUUGCAAGUAUUGUAUCUCAUGAGUUGGCUCACCAGUGGUUUGGCAAUCUGGUGACGCCUAAGUGGUGGGACGACUUGUGGCUCAACGAGGGAUUCGCUACUUAUAUAAGUUACCUUGGUGUAGAUCAUGUAGAACCAACGUGGAAGGCAAUGGAAGAAAUCGUCGUUGAAAUAGUCCAUCGUGUGUUCGAUCUAGACAGCCUGGAGUCCCUCCCACAGGAUCAAUUCCCGUCUCAAACCCGGACGAGAUAUCCGAAGUCUUUGAUGAGAUAUCAUACAAUAAAGGUCAGAGCGUCUAUCAUCCGGAUGAUGACCCACUACCUCACAGAGCCGACCUUUAGGAAGGGAUUGAACAACUAUCUAAAAGCACUCACAUACAAUAGUUCUGUGCAAGACGACCUGUGGAAGCAUCUGACUCUGGCGGCUCACGAGGACGGCAUUCUGCCCCAGGAGGUGACUGUGAAGAUGAUCAUGGACACGUGGACGCUGCAGAUGGGAUACCCCGUCGUGAAGGUGACAAGGAGCCCCGACGGAACCUCUGCUACUUUGACACAGGAGCGGUUCCUCUUAGAAGGGAGCGCAAACUCUUCCAGCACCACGGAUUACAAGUGGUGGGUGCCUCUGACCUUCACGACCCAGAACGAGGCCAACUUCAGCCAGACUCAAGCCAGUUUAUGGAUGAAGGACUCUGAGGAUCAUGUCACCGUCUCUUCUCUUCCCCCGAAGGACCAGUGGGUCAUCUUCAACCUGCAGCAGGCGGCCUACUACCGAGUCAACUACGACGACCACAACUGGAAUCUUAUUAUCCAACAGCUGAAGAAGGACCACCAGGUUAUUUCUCCUGUCAACAGAGGGCAGAUUGUCGAUGAUGCCAUGAACCUUGCUAGGGCUGGUCAUCUCAGGUACAAGCUCGCCCUGGACGUUUUACUGUAUCUGCGAAAUGAAGGAGAAUAUCUGCCUUGGGCUACAGGCGCCGAUAAAUUCGUUUACAUAGAGAGUAUGUUCAAACGCAGAAGUGGAUUCGGCGCUCUCAAGCGUUACCUCCUGGAUUUGGUGUUGCCGCUCUACGAGUCCGUUGGGUUCGACAACAACAUCGAGGACUCUUUCUUGGAGCAACAAAAGAGGAAAAUAGCCGUGAAAUGGGCUUGCAGACUGGGCCACAAGGACUGCCUCAACAAAGCGCUCACUCUCUACAGGCACUGGAUGUCACAGCCGGACAAUUCGAGCAUCAUUUCGCCAAACCUUAAACCUGUGGUGUAUUGUCGCGCCAUCGCCGAGGGCGGGGAGGCCGAGUGGGACUUCGCGUGGGACCAGUACGUUACUUCCAGCGUCGCUACCGAGAAAAAGCUUCUUCUCAGAUCUAUGUCCUGCUCGAAGCAGACUUGGAUCCUAUCUAGAUACCUCGAGAUGGCUACGAACACGAGCAAUGGCAUAAGACUGCAAGAUGUUAUUUAUGUGUUAAGAGGUUUGAGUAAGAAUGACGUGGGACGCUCCAUGGUGUGGGACUACCUCACACAUAACUGGAACAAUAUUUAUACAUACAAGAAGAGUCGGAGAGGUGACGUCAUGAAAAGGGUAACACAAGCAUUUAAUACGAAACAGGAACUGAAAAGGGUCCAGUCGUUUUUGAGGAGGAGGACGGUGACCUUGGAGGGGAACCAGAGGAGCGUCCAGCAGGCAGAAGAGAAGGUCAAGAACAACGUCGCCUGGAUGGACACAAAGUAUGACGUCAUAGUCCAGUGGCUGGAGGAGAACGGCUACUCCUCGAAACUACGGGUCGUUUAA